GGACUGAGAGAGCGGCGCGGCGGCAGUUGCUGUGGUUUCUGUCGUGAGGUGGCUUUGCGGAAGCUGAGGGUUGCGGACCUAGCAUCCUGCGUCCAAGUCCCGCGGUCGGUGGCUGCAGGUUGGGAGUUCGGCGUCUCUUCUUCGGACCAAGAGGUCCGGCCUUGGCCUUGGCUGUUCGUCGCUGCUAUCCCCUGCGGGGCCUAGGGCGGCUCCGGGGCGGCCGCGGGGAAGGCCGCCGGCGAGAUGUUCAAAAACACGUUCCAGAGCGGCUUCCUGUCCAUCCUGUACAGCAUCGGCAGCAAGCCCCUGCAGAUCUGGGACAAAAAGGUGCGGAAUGGCCACAUCAAAAGAAUCACUGACAAUGACAUCCAGUCCCUGGUGCUAGAGAUUGAAGGGACAAAUGUCAGCACCACAUACAUCACAUGUCCUGCAGACCCAAAGAAGACGCUGGGAAUUAAACUUCCUUUUCUCGUUAUGAUUAUCAAAAACCUGAAAAAAUAUUUUACCUUUGAGGUACAGGUAUUAGAUGACAAGAAUGUGCGCCGGCGGUUUCGAGCAAGUAACUACCAGAGCACCACCCGUGUGAAACCCUUCAUCUGUACCAUGCCCAUGCGGCUGGAUGAUGGGUGGAACCAGAUUCAGUUCAACCUAUCCGACUUCACCCGGAGAGCAUAUGGCACAAACUACAUCGAGACCCUGAGAGUGCAGAUCCACGCAAACUGCCGCAUCCGCCGAGUGUACUUCUCGGACAGACUCUACUCAGAAGAUGAGCUGCCAGCAGAGUUCAAACUGUAUCUCCCAGUUCAGAACAAGGCAAAGCAAUAACUGGAAUGCAACUCAAGGGAGCUGGACCCUGGACAUGAUUCUUAGUUUAUAAAGGAAAGUAUCUGGAGGACAGUGCAAAAAAUGAUAUAUAAUAAUUCACCUUGCUGUGGUUUAUUUACUACUUGGUGUCCGUUGUCAUGGAUACCAGGGACAUGCCAUGACUCAGCUAGUUGCAUUGUAAGUACCGAGGGGAAAGCAGUGCUUUGAGUGACCUGCGAUUGUGGGGGUCCUGCUGCUGCCUGCCUCAACAUGGGGACCCCUCACCUCGAACUCACAGAACUAAGAUGUCCUGCAAGGCAGCCUCACACCAAUAUUCCUUUCUAUGCUUUAUUCUUUAUUUUAUAUAUUAUCGAAGUAUAUGUAUAUGCUGUGUGAUACUCUAAUCUGGAAAUGAAUAAAAUACUAUAUUCUUGGUU